CCGCUGCGGUCGCGUGAGGGCAGAGCGGAGCCCGGGGAACGGCGGCGGCCAUGGCGGCAGCGCUGGGGCUGCAGGCGGAGGGGUGGGAGCGGCUGCUCCGCGCCGUGACCCGGCUGCAGGCCUGUGUCAGGGGUUAUUUGCUGCGGAAGCGCUUUGGGACCCUGCGGGCGGAGUACGAGGAGGUGGUGCGGGAGAUCGAAGGAGACCUCAGUCGUCUGGAAUGGCGGGGCCGGCUGCUGCCGAGGCCCUUCUUCCACCCCGAGAUUCCAUCACCAGGGGAACGCUUGGGUCCCCACGAGACUGCACCAAGCAACAACACCAGUGCAGAAAAUCCACAGGAGGUGGAAUUGGACACCUCUGAACCAGAACAGGACUGCAGCAGUGGGAAUCCUGCAACCCAACUGCAGAGCAAGGAAGAACUGAACAUGGCAGGUGACAGCGAUGGAACAAACCCCACAAACCUCGGGGGUGGUGACCACCAACACACCAAAAAGGGGUGCAGUGCCCCAUCAGAGAGUGAGGACUGGCAGAAUGACAGCAUUGUGUCCUCUGCGUGGGACAGCGCUCUCCUGGGGGCAGAGUCUCUUGAAGCCUCCCUGGGAAUUCCCCUUGAGGACCUAAAGCAGCUUCCUCACACUCGCUCUGGUCUCCAGUCCUACAGAAAUCACCUAAUGAUGGAGCUGCUGUGGUUGCAACAAGCCAUCAUCAGCCGUAAAAACUUCUUGAUGUUGAAGCAGAAGCUUGGGACUCCAGACCCAUGGGAGGGCAUUCCAGAGCACCAGGGGCACUUGGAUUGGUGUGGAGCUGCAGCACCACAGUCGUGAAGUGACCUCAGGGACAGCAGCAGCUUGAGGAGCUCCAGCUCCGUGGGUUGAUGUUUUCCUCUCCAGGUGAAUGUGGCAAGAAGCCUUCUACUUCAUUUAAAUGUGGGUAUUUAGUGAAAGCAGGGAUUAAACAUUUCUGUGAGGACAGGAGGUGGUUGUGUGCCUGGGAGGGGAGUCCCAGUGACACCUCCUUCCACAGGGACCCUGUUUCUGUUGGCUGAGAUGGAUGAUCCUGGGGGAAGAUUGUGGCUGGGAUGACUGUCACUUAUGGAAGAUCUUUUCUCACCAGCUUAUAAUUUGUGGUGGAAGUAAAAUGCCUGAGGGCAGGGCUGCUUUCAGCCUGCAGGAACAAGCUCUUUCAUUCUGGUCUGUGCUGGGUGUUUGGGACAGCCCUGCACAUCACAGCUCUGCUGUAUCUGGGAUCUCCAGGUGCUCCUAGGCUUUGGGGAACACCUAGUGGAAGAAUGGAGAGUUUCCUGACUUCCCUGUGCAGCUGGUGGCAGGGAUGGCACAUCAAACCUGACCUGCAGGAGAUGAGGGUUGGUUCCUGACACCUCGUGGCAGAGUCUCCUGGGCUGGUGUUUGAGGGAGUGAGUAAUGACUUAGAGGGUUUGGUGCUUUUUUUAUCUUCAGGGGCAUUUGAGGUCCCUCAGAAAGGGACUUUCCACAGGGUGCUUUGUUUCCCUACUGUGCCCCCUGAGCCUUUUGUGCAAACACUCAGCAUUGCUGCUGCCUGAAUGUGACACUGUGACCCCGUGACUGACAUUUCCUUCUGUUCCUCUGUGUUUCUGAAUAAAAAGCUUUUCUGA